GCCUCUCGCCGUCUCCCUCUCGUCUGUUGUCGUCUCCCUCUCGCCUUUCAACAAAGUCAAGCUUUCAACCGGCGAACUCAGGCUCUGAACGAGCUCAGCCUCUCAGAUCCUCGCCGGCUCCGUUUUUCCGGUGGACGUUCUUUGACUCCCUCUCGGAUCUCUACCGGCGAAGUAUCAGUUUUCUACCACCUGAAAUCUCGUCAGCUUCUCUCCAUUUCCGUCAUGGAUGCACCGCAUGAGGAGAAUUCUAAUUAUUUGAGGCCGAGUACAAUUAAUGUGGCUUCACAUGUUGGGACAUAUUACAAGACAAAAUACUUGAAAAUGGUUAGGAAGGUAUUGAAUGAGAAAGGUGGUCAACCGUUGGUGGACAGAUUUUUAAGUGGUUGUUUCGGACACUCAUUAGAUUGGAAUCCGGGGUCAAAGUGUGCUAUGGCUGUUCACCAUGUAGUUUCUCGCCAAAUCCGAUCAAAUGAUAAUGGAUUGUGGUUUUUCAUUAACGGGAGUAGGUUAAACUUCUCGGAGAGGGAUUAUGCCCUUGUUACAUGGCUGAAUUUUGGAGAAACUGACUUUGAUACGAGGGCACACCACGAUCUCCGGAAUGUUGAAGUGUUCAGAAAAUUUUGUUGUGGGCAGAGGACUGUUAAGGUGGAGACUCUCGUUGACCUUUUCGAGAAUUAUGAUAUUGAUGAUCAUGAUGAGAGUUUACUAUUACGUGUGGCCCACGUGUUAGUACUGUAUGACAUGCUACUAGGGUAUGAGCCUGAUAAGAACGUGGCUGACUGGGUGUGGACUUUAGUGAAUGAUCUUGAUGCAUUUACCCAAUUUUCGUGGGCAGCUUAUACGUAUCAGCUGCUAUGUCAGUAUGUGAAUAACUCUAGUACACACGACAAAUAUAAACUGUACGGGCCGGUGUGGGCAUUACAUGUAUGGUCCCUUGAGAUCAUACCCGAGUUGGGUACUGCAGUUGGUACACACUUGGAUGGCGGUGCACACCCCAGAUGUUUGAGGUGGAGGUUUCGAAGUAGGCCCACUGUGUCGGAUUUACGCCUCUUAUUCGAGCAAGAGCCGCAUCAUAUAUUGGCGAUCCAGCCCGACGAUUAUGAGAUGACGACCCAUUAUUAUGCUACGGUAGUCAUGCCCGUGCCCAUUGGUGUUCACUAUGAGCGACCGAUGAACCCGUUGAGGGAGGGUAGGCAGUUUCCCCCGCGACCUGCACAGGAUAUACGUGUUCAGGAGCAUGAACUGCCGAGGAGACGAGAGGAAAGGAGGACGAGGGUGACGACAUCUCGAGAUAAGCAUAGUCGACCUCCACCUACCACAUCAUCAUCUAGUAGUGGAGAGCACGGGCUCCGAGGACGUGACCGUGAAUUUUUGGAGGGCAUCGUCACUAGGAUGGGAGAAGAGCGGGAGAUCCGAAUGAAAAGGCAUAACGAGGAUAUGGAGAGUCGAGUGAAGAGGGCAUUGAAGGGUUUUUUGGAGGAUUUGAAGGGGUUUUUUGGCUGCAGGUCUGUACACCCUAGAGGUGUAUAUUCUCCUGCCCCUCGUCGCACGCCUGCACCAGAGACUAGAGAUUCUGAUGAUGGGCAACCCGAUGAUGGUGGUCCGGUGGCCGGUGAUGUGUCACCUCAUGAUGAUGAGCCACUACAGGUGCCGCAUCGACAUUCUGUGCAUGAGUACGGAAGCACAUCUACUUCUCAUCACGAGCAGCCCCAUUUUUCUCUUCAAAAUCCAUCUAAUUACAAUUUUGAUCCAAGAUAUAUGGAGCAUGUGGCACAGGGACUGAUGUCCGGGAUGGGUGUUGUGACCACUGAGGGCCUCCAAAAUUUAUUGUUCGAUCAUUUCCAAACACCAGCGAUGCCCCGAAGGAGUGAACGCCAAAGAUUUCCCUCUCGAUUGCUAGAUUCCCCCUAUCUAGCAACUGGAGAGCCAUGUCUUCUUCCUAAGAAAGUGGUGGAUAAAUUUAUGGAGUACAUGAAUGGAAGAGAGGAGUACGUCUUCAUCACUGAAAGUAGCGCCAAAUACAAGAAGGGUGGUCGAGUUGUUCAUGUUAAGCUGCAAGUCAAGGCUAAUGACUGGGGGAAACCUCCUACCGAAUGUCACAGAGUGUGUCAAACAUAUUGGCGUUGCUGUAUGUUUGGCACAAGGCUGAAUCUCGCUGUUCCCGGUACGUACGACUCCUUUGUCGCUUGGGAAGUCCCUGAGGGUAUUUGCAAAAUGAUUAAGGGCGAGUGUGGAUCAUCAAUGGCACAAAGUUGGAUGGGGGCUAGCCAGAUCAUUGUUCCAUGUGUUAUCAUGGAACAUUAUGUUAUUGUUCGAAUCCAUCCCGGACUUUGGCAAGCAGAUUUGUUCGAUCCAAAGUAUCAUGGUUUGGAUGAAUGA